AUGGAGAACUAUCCCCCAGGACUGGCUGAUGAUGCUUCGGUGGUAGAGCUGGACGAUCACACGACAGAUGCGCUAGGUCGGGCUAGACCGCGCCGACAUGAUGACGAAGAUGAGGGGUCCGAUAUCCUCGAAGAUGACGACUUGGAAAGCACGGUCGGUGGCCCUGCCAAUGGAAACCGAAAGGGCCAGGGACACGCGGAUGAAGAGAAAGAGCUUCCUGCUCAUGCCUGUGCCUACUGUGGUAUCCAUAACCCUAGCAGUGUGGUGAAGUGCCUUUCCUGCAAUAAAUGGUUCUGCAGUGCCCGUGGUAAUACCUCUUCAUCGCACAUCGUCAAUCACCUUGUCAGAGCUCGUCAUAAGGAGGUUCAGCUGCACCCAGCCUCGUCUCUCGGUGAUACCAUUUUGGAGUGCUACAACUGCGGUACAAAGAAUGUAUUCCUGCUUGGCUUUAUCCCUGCGAAAUCCGAUACCGUUGUCGUCCUUUUGUGCCGACAGCCAUGUGCGGCCAUGCCAUCUUCCAAGGACAUGAACUGGGAUACCUCUCGCUGGCAACCACUUAUUGAGGACCGCUCGUUUCUGCCAUGGCUUGUUGGGGUUCCCACUGAUCAGGAGCAGCUUCGCGCUCGCCAUCUCAGCCCUCAGUUGAUCGCCAAGCUGGAGGAGAUGUGGAAAGAGAACUCCCAGGCAACCUUGGAGGAUCUGGAGAAAUCUACCGCUGUUGAUGACGAACCCGCCCCUGUCCUUUUGCGCUACGAUGAUGCUUACCAGUACCAAAAUAUCUUUGGUCCCCUUGUGAAAAUCGAGGCCGACUACGACCGGAAACUCAAGGAGUCGCAGUCGCAGGACGGUCUUAUUGUGCGCUGGGAUCUGGGUCUUAACAACAAGCACCUUGCAAGCUUCGUCCUGCCUAAGCUUGAACUCGGCGAUGUUAAGCUAGCUGUUGGCGACGAGAUGCGAUUGAAAUACACCGGUGAACUUCGGUCCAAGUGGGAGGGAGUUGGCUAUGUCAUUAAAAUCCCGAACAACCAGUCUGACGAGGUGACGAUUGAAUUGCGUUCCAAGGGUGACCAUAAAUCCGUGCCCACGGAGUGCACUCACAACUUCACUGCCGACUACGUCUGGAAAUCUACAUCCUUUGACCGUAUGCAACUUGCCAUGAAGACCUUUGCCGUCGAUGAAAUGAGUGUUUCUGGUUACAUUUUCCACCGCCUUCUCGGUCAUGAGGUUGCAGCUGCUCCCAUGAAGACGCAGAUUCCCAAAAAAUUCAGUGUUCCUGGACUCCCCGAUCUGAACGGUAGUCAGAUCAACGCCGUGAAGAGCGUGCUACAAAGACCCUUGAGUCUGAUCCAGGGACCCCCGGAACUGCUCAAUGGUGGCCAGGUCCUGGUUUGUGCUCCAUCUAACGUUGCGGUUGAUCAGCUCUGUGAGCGUAUCCACCGAACUGGCCUCAAGACCGUGCGAGUGACUGCCAAGUCUCGAGAGGAUGUUGAGUCCCCCGUUGGAUUCCUGUCUUUGCACGAGCAAGUUCGCAUGAACGACAGUAACAUUGAACUGGUUAAGCUCAACCAGCUGAAGGCAGAGCUUGGCGAACUGUCCAGCCAGGAUGAGAAGCGCCUGAAGCAGCUGACUCGUGCGGCUGAGCGCGAGAUCUUGGGUAAUGCGGAUGUCAUCUGCUGCACUUGUGUUGGUGCAGGUGAUCCGCGUCUCGCCAAGUUCAAAUUCCGAACAGUUCUCAUUGAUGAGUCCACUCAAUCUGCUGAGCCGGAGUGCAUGAUUCCUUUGGUUCUUGGCUGCAAACAGGUCGUUCUGGUUGGUGACCACCAGCAGCUUGGUCCCGUCAUCAUGAACAAGAAGGCCGCCAAGGCUGGCUUGAACCAGUCACUUUUCGAACGUUUGGUCAUCCUGGGCUGUUCGCCAAUUCGUCUUAACGUCCAGUACCGUAUGCACCCCUGUCUUUCUGAAUUCCCGUCGAACAUGUUUUAUGAGGGAUCGUUGCAGAACGGUAUCACCAUUGCGGACCGCCUUCGCCGCGACGUCGACUUCCCAUGGCCCAUGAUUGACGACCCCAUGAUGUUCUGGUCCAACUUGGGUAAUGAGGAGAUUUCGGCUUCUGGUACCUCGUACCUGAACCGCACUGAGGCCACCAACGUUGAGAAGAUCGUUACUCGCUUCUUCAAGGCAGGUGUGCAGCCCGGAGGUAUUGGUAUCAUUACGCCUUACGAGGGUCAACGAAGCUACAUUGUUAGCUCUAUGCAGGCCAAUGGAACGUUCAAGAAGGAGCACUAUAAGGAGAUUGAAGUGGCGUCCGUGGAUGCUUUCCAGGGUCGUGAAAAGGAUUACAUCAUUCUCUCCUGUGUCCGUUCAAAUGACCACCAAGGUAUUGGUUUCUUGAGUGAUCCACGUCGUCUCAACGUCGCCCUUACCCGAGCUCGAUACGGUCUUGUCAUUCUCGGUAACCCGAAGGUACUUUCGAAGCACCCUCUGUGGAACUGUCUCCUCCAGCACUUCAAAGAAAAGCACUGUCUUGUGGAGGGACCUUUGUCCAACCUGCAGGAGUCUCUGAUCCAGUUCAGCCGGCCCAAGCAGGCUUACCGCGGCCCGCAGCGUUUCCAGAUGUCGUUCAACCAGGCGGCCAAUGCGAACAAUGGCUCUGUAAACGGCCGCAAUGGUCACCGCAAUGAUUAUGACUCGGGCUCUGUCGUAGGCUAUAUCCCCGAUGACGUUUCUUCGGUUCACUCUUCUGCUCUUGGUGGAGGAGUUGGCAUCCCUUCUGGAUACCCGUCUAUGUUCCAAAACUUCCAGGAUACCUGGCCCUCUAUUCCCGGUGGUCGCCGUGCUAAUGGUACUCGGGCAAAGGGCGCGCCAAGCGUUGCUGGGGAAUCCGUCGCCGCUACCGAGUCGGAUGUCACUGGAAGUAUCAUUGAUGGUCGAAGUGUUGACCAAGGUGGUGUGAGUCUCGCUGGCCUCAGCAUCAACGACAUGAGCAAGCAGACUAGUCUCAGCCAGUCCGAUCGUCUGAAGCGCUACGUGGAGUCUGGUGGCCGUGAGCCUUACCGCACUGGUGUUCCCGACAGCGGCAGCAUCUUCGGAGGAAGCUCCGCCAGCAUUCGCGUGACUCGUGGUGUCCCAGGUCAGCAUCUGCAGGAUGAUGAUGACGCCCGCAGUGUUUCCACUGCGUUCGCUAGCCAGGUUGGCGGCAACUACGAUUGA